AAAACAAUAACACACAUGUUUUGGUGAUUAAACAUAUUAUUUUAAUCAUUUAUUUUGUCUAACUUAAAAUUAUUGGGCUGAGGUCGAGCAAUUUGUGAUUUAUCAUGUCUAGCUCCUCAUCUGAUAGUGACAGCGAUGGAGAAAAACAAACGUUUUCAAGACUCGGCGAAUGUGAAGUGUGCGGUGCGACUGAAGCUAAAUACACAUGCCCACGUUGCGAAGUCAAGACAUGCUCCCUGAAGUGUGUGGUCAUACACAAAAAGGAACUAGAAUGUGACGGGAUAAGAGACCGCACAAAGUUUGUGAGAAAGAAGGAUUUUUCGGACACUGACCUCCUGAGCGACUACAGACUGUUAGAGGAGUGUGCCCGGUUUGUCUAUGGCGUCAAACGGGACGAGAAGAAGAGGUUUACUAGGAUUGACAAGGAUUUGCCAAUUCACCUAUACAAGCUCAAGAUGGCGGCCCGCAAGCGAGGCGUGGCGCUUCAGUUUCUAGCUCAGAACUUCACUCGGCACGCCGUCAACACCACUCGCUACAUGUACAAGAGCAACGUCAUCCACUGGCGCGUGGAGUGGCUGUUCCCUAAUGCGGAGCCUGACGCCGUCAAGUUUGUGGAUGAGAGGUGUCCAGAAAACACGCUGCUCUCAGAUCUUCUAGUCAAGUACUUGUCAGCUGAUGCUGAACCAUUUGAAGGGAGCAAAACUUUGAAUUUCUACCGCGCCGUCGGCUUUAGUGGAGUUAAGAUAUUGCUUAGAGCUGAAAAAGUGAAAGGUUCCUCCAAGAAGUACUUCGAGCUGGACACUUCAGACACGCUAGCUGAGAACCUCAGCGGCAAGUGUGUGGUGGAGUUCCCGAUUAUAGUGGUCGCUCUGAAGGACCACGCCUACAACUUUGAUAUCAUCACUCCAGAAGACGAAUUCGCCUACCAGCAGGAGACAGAAGAAAGCAAGGAUUUACAGCAAAAAGAAAUAGAUGCCAACGAAGAACAAACAUCAACAAACGACCAAACAGAAGAUAAAUCUACAGAAAAUGGGCGACGGACAAACCACAGACACAGAAAUCGUAAAAGACCUUUAUUUACACAGAAGAUAGCGAAAGAGAAGAAUGAAGAAAUCCAGAAGGAGAUAGAAGCAGAAAAGAAGAAGAGACCCAAGAAUCUUCUGUUUACUACAGGUUAUUCUUCCGAGGAAAGUCUAGAUUUGUCUGAUGAUGAAGUUAAGAAAUAAAUGUAGAUGUUAUUUAGCAAUUUA